UCGAGUUUGAACGGCUGGGAUCUUGUCUUGGUUUCAGCAGUGGGACCAGAUCGAGAUACCCGCCAAAACCAACGUCUAAAAAUCAUCUGAGACUGAGACAGACUAGGGCUUGCUUCUAAUGCUUCGAUUCUUCGACAAACAAAAACAAUGGCGUCGUCGUCGUCUCAGAACGUCUUCAACACUUUGAGGAAGGUCUUCCCCUCGUACUCUAUUUCUUUGACCAAUCAAGAGAUCGCUGAGAAGAUAGCUAAAACCCUUAUCAAUGGAGGUCUCAAGCCCCUCGAAACUACUCCAUAUCUGCUGUUCAAUCUCAAUUCCCAAAUUACCCAACUUGUUCUCUCCAACCCACGUGUUCCACCUCAUUCUGGUUUGAUUUUCUUCAAUUUUCUGCGAAGGAAUCAAUCCCUCGCUUCCUACAGGCCCGAUCUUCAAGCGCAUGUCACGCUUAUUUACAGGCUCUAUGAAGCUCGAAAGUUUGCCCAGUUGAAGAACAUGGUGAAUUGUAUGGUGACCUGUGAUUAUUUUCGAUGCUCGGUUUCUGGGAUUGUUGCUUCUUUUGAGGAUGGAUAUAAAAACAACUCUAAAUUUGCUGAAAAAUUGUGCGAUAUGCUACUCAGGGUCUAUGCGGAUAAUAGAAUGUUUGACGAGGCUUUAUGUGUUUUUCACUACAUGGAUCAAAAGGGAUUUGAGAUUGAAGAAAGAUCUUGCUUUGUGCUUUUGCUUGCUCUGAAGAAAUCUGAUCGGAUGGACUCAUUUUUCGGCUUCUUUGAUCGGAUGGUUCAAAAGGGUGUUGAAAUCACUGUAUAUUCAUUAACGGUUGUGAUCGACGGGCUGUGUAAGAGAAGAGAGGUUGAAAAGGCAAAGGCUUUGAUGUGUAAAUUGGCUGGUAGAGGGAUUAAACCCAAUGCUUUUGCUUAUAAUACGCUGAUGAAUGCAUAUAUUGAAAGGAACAAUUUUGAAGCCGUCCACGAAAUUUUGAGCUUGAUGGAUAAAAAUCAUGUGGGCUAUAAUGCAACGACCUAUACCAUCUUAAUUCAAUGGUAUGCCAGCUCUGGUAAGUUUGAAGAGGCCGAGAGGCUGUUUGAGGAGAUGUGUAAUAGAGGGAUAGAACCGGAUAUUCAUUUUUAUACUUCAUUUAUCAAUUGGACUUCUAAAUUUGGAAAAAUGAAAAGGGCACUUGAGCUGUUCGAUGAAAUGACUGAGAGAGGCCUUGUUCCAAAUGCUUACACUUAUGGGGCUUUAAUCAAUGGUUUGUGCAAGGCAGGGCAAAUGGAGGCAGCGGGAAUGUUAGUAAAUGAGAUGCAAAGUAAAGGAAUUGAUGCAAAUCAGGUGGUUUUUAAUACAUUGAUGGAUGGUUACUGCAAAAAGGGGAUGAUAAAUGAUGCUUUGAGGCUGCAGAUUGUUAUGGAAGAGAAAGGUUUCAAGCCCGAUGUGUUUUCUUUCAGCACCAUUGCUAGUGGAUUGUGCAGAUUAAAUCGGAACAACGAAGCAAAGACAUUGUUGCUUACAAUGGCAGAAAGGGGGGUGGCUCCAAAUUUAGUGAGUUUCACUACCUUGAUUGACAUAUAUUGCAAAGAAGGAAACUUUGUUGAGGCAAAGCGCAUAAUUCAGGAUAUGGAAAAGAAAGGAGAGAAGCCAAAUAUCGUUACAUAUAAUACUUUAAUUGAUGGGUACAUUAAGCAAAGAAAAAUGAAGGAAGCUUAUAAGCUAAAAGAUGAGAUGGAAGACAAAGGAAUAAUGCCAGAUUCGUAUACAUACACGUCGCUUGUUCAUGGGGAAUGUGUUGCCGAGAAGGUGGAUGAGGCACUGAAAAUGUUUAAUGAAAUGCCUCGGAGGGGUUUAACUAGGAAUGUAGUUACUUACACAGCAAUGAUUUUGGGUUUGUCUAAGGAAGGUAGAGCAGAUGAAGCCUUUAAUUUGUAUGAUGAUAUGAUAAAAGCAGGACUUACACCUGAUGACAGAGUUUAUUCUUCACUAGUGAGUAGCCUUCAUACAACCAAGCCUUAGGUUUAAAGGGUUCUCAAUGGCAUGAAGACUAUGUCUUUAAUCUAUUCUUUCCAUUACAUGGAAAGGAAAUGGAUCAAUUUGUCCUACUUUGCCCACUAAUUUCAAACGUGUGCAAUCCAAAAAAGUUCGGAAAGUAGGUAGUUUUGCAGUGAUUAUGAUAGGGAAAAUCCUACUUAUGAAAUUCUAUGAUGCAGCUUCCUCUAACCUAAAAAAGGGAAAGCUAAGUAAAAGGAAUAUCGGUAUUGGUAUUUUUGCUGUGGAGUUGGUAAAUACAUAUGAUUACAGAUUUCUUUCUGGGGAACCUCCUCCUUAUAGCCCUUCUGAAAGUUAUUAAAAUAGUUCGCAAGGUCCCGUCUUACUUCAUGUGUAAUGUUUAAGAGUAUGUUACCUCUUCAUGUCUUCAGAGCAUCCAGAGCAAAUUUGCUGUUACAUACAGGGUUUGGAGGUGACAAUCACUUUCAAAUUCCAUGAUGAUCAAGGGAUGAGAGGCAUAUGUGGUUCUUAUAAAGGCCCAAGGCAAUGGCACAGAAGCGGCGUGUAGAUAUUGUUUAUGGAAUAAGAAUGCUUCACGGGCACCAUGAUCUUCAAUCCCAUUAGUUUGUAUUUUCCUUUUAUUUUUUUCCAAAGACUAACUAGAAUAUGGCCAACCGAACCCUUCAGUCUCCAAGAGAAUCGCAUGUCAAAGCAUUCUUUUCUGUUUCCUUGACUCUUAUCUUGUGUUUCUUAAAAGCACUUGUCAGAUAUAAAACGAAUGUUGCGUUUCUUAA